AUUUUUUCCUAAAUAGAUUCUGUAAGAGUUAAUAAGUCAUAAUGUUCAUAAUGUGACUCAGCGCUCAGUUAAUGAGCGCUUAUAGAACGUAAUGGGCCUCUUAACAAACGGAGCUGAAAAUCUCGCCUGUGUCUAAUAAAUGAGCCUCAUCCCCCCAUCCUCCUGACCAAUAGAGAGAGAGAGAGAGAGAGAGAGAGAGAGAGAGAGAGAGAGAGAGACUCUAAACUUAACUCAUCACAUCAGAAAAAAUGAAAACGCGGAGGGUCGCAAGGCAAACGCCGGAGAGGCCGCAGAGAGUCAAAAACUCGUUGAUCUGAUUAAUUCAGGAAUAUCUCUCAGCAGCGUGUGUAGCUUUGUGUUGUUCUGUUGUGCAGCGUUGAUCGAUUAUUGUAAUUCAGGAACACUUUUUUUUUUGUAGCAAAUCAGCGUUGUGCAAAAGCAUAACUACAGCGCGAGACAUUUUAAAAAGCGUUCUUUUGCCUGUCAGACAAUUAAAAGUAAGGCGCAGAGAUACCUCCGAGUCUCUGCACGGGAUCAGCGCGAGCAUCUCUCCGGUUCCGGUGGAGGGGCGCAUGAGGGGCGAAGGGGGGGCGAAUCCGUUCCGUUUCUCUUGAAUCCGCCUCUCUCUCCGUUAUCCGCACGGUGAGAGUAUCCACGCGCUUUAGAGACUCUUCUUCCGUCCUCGGACCCUUUAAGGGAAACAGCAGCGAGGACCAAUCACCGAGCCAUCACGGCGGCUCCGGAGAAGAGGAAGCUGUUUACAGGAGCUCGGGUGCUAAUUAGGUUGAACAGAAUCUCCGCCACAACUCGGCCAGGAACCGGUUCGUGUGCGUCCAUGGAGCGCGCGGACAAGCAAAGCGCGUCUGCAGUCGCCAUGUGUGCAUUUUGUACAGAGUUCUGAAAGUCUUUUCGCUUCCAAAAUCGACACUCUGUAACUUAUUUAUUCCUGACUCAACUUUUUGGUGGAGUAUUUUCCCCCCGAUCAACGGACUUCACGUUAACUGUGAGUGGCGGAAAUAAUUUUUUCCGGUUUUUAAGCACCAUGUUUCAGCCCACACCGAAGAGAUGUUUCACUAUCGAGUCUUUGGUAGCGAAGGAUAAUAAUCCUCCUCCUCCUGUUCUACCGACGUCCAGAUCCGAGGAGCACACGCGACCCGCGGCGGCGCUCAGCUACGCCGGUGCGAGCCACGUGAGCCCGUUUCUGAAUGGCUUUACCGCCGGCGCGAGGGGCGUCUACUCCAGCGCGGACCUUGUAUUCGCCGAGGCCAUGUCGCACGCGCCCAGCUCGGCCGUGCCCGUUCACCCGGUCGUUCCCGCUCCUGCUCCUCAUCCGCCUCCACCGCCGCCGCCGCACGCGCUCGCCGCUCACCACGCGCUUACCUCCUCGCACGGGCCGCACGCGCUCUUUGCCAGCCAGCAAAGGGACCCCGCAACUUUUUACCCGUGGUUAAUACACAGAUAUAGAUACCUGGGGCACAGAUUUCAAGGAAACGAAACGAGUCCGGAGAGUUUCCUUUUGCACAACGCGCUCGCCAGGAAGCCGAAACGGAUCCGCACGGCGUUUUCUCCGUCGCAGCUGCUCCGGCUCGAGCACGCGUUUGAAAAAAACCACUACGUGGUGGGAGCAGAGCGGAAGCAGCUCGCACACAGCCUCAGCCUCACAGAAACUCAGGUCAAAGUUUGGUUUCAGAACAGAAGAACGAAAUUUAAGCGUCAGAAACUGGAGGAAGAAGGGUCGGACUCGCAGCAGAAAAAGAAAGGCACGCAUCACGUGAACCGGUGGCGGCUCGCGACAAAACAGGCGAGUCCCGAGGAAAUAGACGUCACGUCGGACGAUUAAAAAGAAACAAUCCAAAUAACUAACUAACUAAAUGAAAGAAAGACUCGAGGUGUUUUUGAAGCCUUGGAAAGCACGACGUGGAGUGAAAAGUGUGACAUGGAUAAAGGACGCCGUGAAAGACAAAGAAAGAGAGAGAGAGAAAGAGAGCAAAGCCAAUUUCUCUUCUUCGGAUCUCGGCAGCUCGAGGGUGAGAAAAAUCCUGCCGAUGUCACCACGAGGAAACUGUCAAUACUGUUUUCCACGUUGCCAUGGCAACAUGAUUGACAGGUAGUACAUGGCCACGCCCCCCGCCCCACCUCAUCAACUCACUUAAAAAAAAAAACCCACACAACUUCUAAUGCGCAUAAGACAUUUGCACUUCUGAGAAUAUUUUUCUUCUCAACUACGAAAUUUUUUUUUUUUUUUUUUUGCAAAACUUUAAUUGCAUGAUAAAGAGCAAUGAUUUUUUUCUCCGGGGGGCGUAGGUGCAUUUAAUUUAACCCUUCUUGCAAAGUAACUUUAUUCGGAUUCUCUUUUUUCAAUCUGGGGAAUGUCAUGUGUGUGUUUUCUGUUUUGUUUCUUUUCUUAAAAAAAAAAAGAACUGUGUGCAGUCUUUGAAUUUAUAAUUAUCGUGUCCAAGUGGUUGUGAAAACGAUAUGAAGUAGCAAUGCUGCGUCAAAGUGUUUUUUUUUAAACAAGUAAAAAAAAGUGAGAACAAUUACUCACAAUUAAAAAAAAAAAAAAAAAGGUCAGUGACGUUGCUUGAUUUUUUUUUUUAGCUUUACCAUGACGCCCUAUUUUUGGUGAAAAUCUCUCUCCU